CAUAAAUGUAAACAUUAAUAUAUUCCAACAGUGAAAAAGUGACUUUAAUUCUUUAAUUAUCUUAGAAUACGCAAGAUUUGACUUUAAAAUGGAUUUGCCUAUAUUGGCUGUUAUUUCGGAAGAUAAAAAUCAAUCAGCAGAUUCAUUGAUAGCUAAUAUAAGAAAACUAUCAAACAACGAGGAUGUGCAGGAUCUUUAUGAUUGCAGAAUUUGUAUUCACAAUAUAGUGACAAAAUACUACGAAACAAAAAUAGCCUUACUUCCAACAGACAAUUUUAUAGGCUUAAAUGAUGCUGUAAAGAGUAAAAUUGAAGGCGUUUUAUUAUAUUUUGACUCAAAUGAUCGUUCAUUCCUGAAGACACUUCCGUUCUACAAGGAUUUUAUUAAAGAUCAUAACAUAGAAUUUUCCAUACUCCUAUGCAAGCAACUUACAGAAAAUGUUGAUGCUGGUAUUACAUUUAGUUGUAUAAAAAGCAUUUAUAAUAAGUUUGACAUCAUUGAGCUUGAUGGAAAAUCGUGCGAUGAUAGUGACGAUUUUACUGAACCCAUUGGAUAUGAUGAACUUGCUAUGGCCCUACAAGUAUUUCCCAAAAUUCCAAAUCUUGACACACAUUCCAAUGAAGAAAAUGAUAAACUUUCCGGGGAUGAUAUAGAUGUUCAAGAGGAAAUAGACAGGUUUGAAAAUCUCUUAUCACAAAUGCUACAAUUUCGUCCAAAUACAGAAAAUAUGUCGCGUGAAGAGCGUUUAAAUCAUGCACAAAACUUUGCAGAGAUUUUCGAGAAACUUAUUCUUCAAGAUGCAGAAGAAGAUGGAAGCGUAUCUGCAGAAUGAAUUGAAUAAUACUAAACUAAGUUUAAUAACUUUUAUUAACACAUUUAAUAUGAAUAAAAAAUAUAUAAUUUACUAUUCGAAUGCUAGUAAAAGUCAAAAACUUUUUUCCAUAACUUUUAAUGUUGACACAUGAUAUAUUG